UCCUUUGUUUUCCUGCAUAUUCUAUAUCCAUCAACAAGCUUAAUUUUAUUUGGAGGAGGGGACAGAUUUUCCAAAGUGCCAUUAAUGAAAAGGAAAGGGCAGAUUGUCACACUUUCUUAUUUAAAUUGUGCAGUGGUGUUAGAGACUAAUUCUGUUCCUCUUUGGUUGUCCAUGAACUGAAGCUAAUAAUUUAAACUGAAACAGAGAAUGUUUGGAUCCUGAUUAGAGGAUACUUCACAACCAAAUAAGAGGGAGUUUAGGAUGGCAUCCAGGGAGAGGCUUUAUGAACUUUGGAUGCUCUACUGUAAUAAGAAAGAUCCAGACUACUUGAAGCUCUGGUUGGACAGUUUUGUUUCUAGCUAUGAACAGUUUCUGGAUGUGGACUUUGAAAAACUGCCCACUCGGGUGGAUGACAUUCCCCCUGGAAUAUCUCUGCUUCCUGAUAACAUUCUUCAGGUUUUGAGGCUCCAGUUGCUGCAUUGCGUUCAGAAAUUGUCAGAAGGGUUGGAAGAGCCACAACAAGCACUGACACUUCUCCUAGUCAAGUUCUUCAUCAUUCUUUGCCGAAACUUAGAUAAUGUGGAAGAGAUUGGGACUUGUUCCUAUAUUAACCAUGUGAUUACAAUGACCACACUCUACAUUCAGCAGCUAAAGACGAAAACAAAGGAGAAAGAAGUGGCAGAUCAAACAUCUAUAGAAGAAUUUGUGCGACAUGCGCUGGCUUUUUGUGAAGGUCUUUAUGAUCCAUAUAGGAAUUGGAGGCAAAGAACUGCAGGGCGUAUUCUGAGCACAGUUGAAAAAAAUAGACAAAAAUAUAAACCAGCUUUACUCACAGUGGAAUUUGUUCCUUUCUUUUACCAGUGUUUUCAAGAAAGUGAGCAUCUCAAAGAGAGCCUCAAAUGUUGUCUAUUACAUCUCUUUGGAGCUAUUGUGGCUGGUGGGCAGAGAAAUGCUCUUCAAGCCAUCUCUCCUGCCACUAUGGAAGUCUUGAUGCGUGUCCUGGCGGAUUGUGACAUGUGGGAUAACAGAGACCCAGAUGAAGUGAGCAGGAAGGCUGAGCUGACGUUGAAGUGCCUGACGGAAGUGGUGCACAUUCUUCUCACUAGUAGUUCGGACCAGCGGCAAGUGGAAACCAGCACCAUACUGGAGAACUAUUUCAAGCUGCUGAACUCGGAUCAUGAGGCUUUGCCUAACUCAAGGAGGUCCCGUCAGUGGGAAAGCAGGUUCAUUUCGCUGCAGAUUCAAAUGCUGAAUGCAAUCACUGCUAUGUUGGACUGCACAGAUCGGCCUGUCCUGCAAGCCAUUUUCCUUAAUAGUAACUGCUUUGAGCAUCUUAUUCGACUGCUGCAGAAUUGCAAGGUAUUCCAGGGGCAGCUGGACCAUCUGGCAGUAUCAGCUAUUCAGGCUCUCACAGCAGUGAUGCACAGAUCUCCAGCUGCCAAGGAAGUGUUCAAGGAACGAAUUGGUUAUGCCCAUAUAUUUGAAGUACUAAAAUCAAUGGGUCAACCUUCACAAGAACUACUUGAAGAACUUCUGAAUAUGGCGGUUGAAGGUGACCAUGCAUCAGUUGGGAUGCUGGGCAUAAGCAAUGUUCAGCCUUUGUUGCUGUUAAUCCAAUGGCUUCCAGAGCUGGAGUCGCAUGAUCUCCAAAUCUUCAUUUCAAAUUUGUUGAAGCGGAUUUGCUGCAUUAACAGACAGAGUCGUGCAAUUUGCGUCAACACAAACAUAGUCAUCCGUAUCGUUGAAACACUCAACAAGCACCCUCAACUCCAUGGAGCUUGUGCUGAGAACCUGAUUGCCCUCUUGGGUUCUUUGGGGAGCCUGUCAAUGAGCUCUGAAGAACUGCAUAAGCUGAUUCAGCUGCUAAGGACUAAAGACUCAAAGCUGGCUCAUCCUUACGUCAUUCCUGUGAUGCGUGCAAUUCUUACAAUGGCUCGAAAGCAAGACUUGGACAGCGCCUUGCAGUAUUUUGACUUGUCCCAUAGCAUGGCAGGCAUAGCAGUGCCAGCUAUUCACAAGUGGCCGGGUUCUGCAUUUGCUUUCAAUGCAUGGCUUUGCCUGGAUCAACCUCAAAUGAUUCCAGAUGCUAGCAGCAAGGGUGGCAAGAGGAAGCAACUUUACAGCUUUUUUACAGCUAGUGGGAUGGGAUUUGAAGCCUUCAUUACCUGUUCUGGAAUGCUAGUAGUUGCUGUAUGUACAAAGAAGGAGUAUGCUACUGUGAUGCUAUCCGACCAUUGCUUCUGUGAUUCUCUUUGGCACAAUAUAAGCAUUGUUCACAUGCCUGGGAAAAGGCCCUUUGGUCAAAGCCUUGUCUAUAUUUAUGUAAAUGGACAACAGAAAGUCUCAGCACCACUUAGGUUUCCUGCCCUGAACGAACCGUUUACUUCUUGCUGCAUUGGUUCAGCUGGUCAGAGAACAACUCUUCCUCCACCAUCGCAAAUCCCGGACCCACCUUUUUCACCCCCAGUUAUAUCCCCUCGGACCUCAUUUGGGGGGAUUCUUGGUCCAGGCAGCUGGAGUGGCCUGCUGGGGAAACCAGAACUUAGCACCAAGUUGAUCUCAGCAGGAACUCAAGACAGUGAGUGGGGCUGCCCCACUUCUCUGGAAGGCCAGCUUGGCUCUGUUAUUAUAUUCCAUGAAGCCUUACAGCCAUCUCAUGUCAAAGCCUUGUAUUUGGCAGGUCCAAAUUGUCUAACUCCUUGGAAGUCCCAAGAAUCUGAACUGGCAGAUUUGCCGAGCAAAAUACUUCUUCACUAUGCUCCCAAGGCCUGCAGAAGCCCUAUCUGUCUUGAUCUUUCUGCAAAUCUUUUACAUGGGAGGUUAACAGGGAACAAAAUAGUGAACUGGGACAUUAAGGAUAUGAUCAACUGCAUAGGCGGAUUAAAUGUUCUGUUCCCAUUGCUGGAGCAGAGCAGUUACCUUGAUGGGCAAUUGCCCGAGAGGCCAGAGAUAGACCCUCUGUCCCAUGAAUUGUUGACACCUGUUGAAGGAGAUUGGGUUGUAUUAACCUCCACCAAAGCUUCAGAGGCUCGUUUGGAGAAGAACAUCAUUGCGACCUUCAUCUUGAUGAUAAAGCAUUUCAUUCAAAGGCAUCCAAUCAACCAGGAUAAUUUUAUUCACACUCAUGGAAUUGCCACCUUGGGAGUCCUUUUGCAAAAGGUGCCCAGCAGAUUCAUGGAUGUGAAUGUACUAAUGGCAGUCCAGUUAUUGAUAGAACAGGUCUCUGUGGCGAAAAAUGUCCACCUUUUGCAGCAAAUGCAUCAGCACCUACUUUUUGACUUCAGCAUAUGGAACCGUGGGGACUUCCCAUUCCGAAUUGGCCAUAUCCAGUACCUUUCCACAAUUAUCAAAGAUAGCAGAAGGCUCUUCCGAAAAAAGUACGGUGUGCAGUUUUUGUUGGAUACGCUGAGAAUUUAUUAUGGAAACCACCCUAGGGACAGUGACUUGCUUCCAGAUGAUCUUAGGACAAUCAGGACAUCUCUGUAUGGACUAAUCAAAUACUUCUUGACCAAAGGUGGGACACAUGAGGAAGUCCAGAGCGUAAUCGGAUACAUAGCAGCCACGAGUGAUGAGGAGCAGCUGUAUGGGAUUCUAGACAUGCUCUUCAACCUGCUUAACACCUGUCCAACCCGAGAUCAGCUUUUCUUAUUGCUUUUUGAGCCAGGAAAUGCAGACAUCCUUUAUGCUCUUCUACUGAAUCAGAGGUAUUCCGAUAGGCUACGAGAACUUGUGUUCAAGAUUGCAGAGCAGAUGCUGAAAUGCACUAAAGUUUAUGAACGGAGCAAACAACGUAUGAAACUCAGAGAAGUUGGCUAUUCUGGACUGGGUCUGCUCCUGAAUGAAUCUCCACUUAGCACUUCUCUUAUGAAGAACCUUUUCAACCAAAUUCUGCAUGCUGAUCCAAUUGUGAAUUGCAAGGACUUUUUAGCUGUGGUGCACUUGGCUCACAGAGCAGAUCUAAACGUAAGAGUGGCUGCCUGUCAAAAGCUUUUGCAAAUCCUACAUGCCCAACAAGAUUCAGCACAACAGAUUUCUCAGCAACUUGGGUGGCAGGAGACACUGUCUCGACUGUUCCUGAAAGAGCAUGCUGAUGUCAGGGAUGGUGUGAGGGACACCAAAAGUGACUCUACUAAAGGAGAUGACAAGCGUGCAAAAGACCAUCAACAGUGUCAUACUUCCAAGGCUGAUGGGGAAGAUGGUGCCAGUUUUGCAUCUGUUAAUGGUUCCUGUGAUCAGUGGAGCUUAGAAGAUGGCAAAUCUGCGACAGUGACAUCUGCGACAUCCAUGGGGGAGAUGUCAUUUAGACCUGAGGAUCAGGAGGACUUGUGGCAGAAGAAUCCUUCACAUUUAAGCUUAGACCUCUCAAGUGUUGACUCUUAUGAACUGGGUGAAAGUGGGAGCCAGAUGGCUGAUAGUCUGCCCAGCACCCCUUCCCCUAUUGAGAAUACAAAGACAUUUUCUGGACAGCUUGACAAGGAACCAAAUGCUGCAGAAGAGCUGGUUUUUGCUGCUGAUCUUUCCUUAUUUGAAGUUCAUGAGGCAUGCGAAGAAGAUCUCCUUCAGCUUCUGACAGAUAUUUUGCUUUGUGUGAUGUGGAAAGGCAUCGAAAGAUCAGAUGAUGCAGCUUGGACUGAGAAGGGUCAAGUUUUUUCUGCACUUACCAAAUUGGGCAUCUCUAAUGAAUUACUACGACCAUCAGAUGAAAUUAAACUCAAUUUGCUAGAGAAGAUGCUGGAGUGGGCAGUCACUGACACAAGAGAAGCCAAAUCCCUCCCAGUGUAUGCUGAAAAUGCUUUCCGGCUCUUGUUCAUUGUUCAGGAUUUCCUGCAAGCAGAAGGUCUUGUGAAUUCAAGACUCUGGACAGAAAAGCUUUUGGAAGAACUGGUGACCCUCAUGGAUACUUUGUCAAUCUGGUACUCUUCUGGCCUAGAAAACGUGAAGCUGUAUCAAGUACAAAUCCAGCUGCUUCUUGGAUUCAUUGGACAAGAUAAUUUACAGAUUUGUGCAAUGGCUGCAGCCAAGCUCAACACCCUUCUUCAGACCAAAGUGCUUGACAACCAAGCGGAAUCCUGUUAUCUGCUGGGAAAACUGGAGGGCAUCCUGAGCAGAUCAAUCCAAGAAAAGACUGAAACUUACUCCUUCCUGAUCCCUCUAGUUCGAACUCUUAUUUCCAAAAUAUAUGACCUUCUGUUCAUGAACUUGCACUUGCCUUCCUUGCCUUCUACUAAUGGAAGCCCUUCCUUUUUUGAGGACUUCCAGGACUAUUGUAGAACUGAUGAAUGGCAAGCUUACAUCGAUAAAUAUAUUACCCCUAAUAUGAAGCAGUACGAGCUCAGCAUUUUCAGUGAUGACAAUGAACGUAUGGCGCUCUAUUGGAAGGAUUGCUUUGAGGCCCUCAUGGUCAACAUCCAUAAACGGGAACGAGAGAGAGGAGAAAGCAAGCUCAAAUUUCAGGAAUUUUUUGUAGAGCCAUUUAACCGGAGGGCACGGCAGGAGAAUAUGCGUUACAAUGGCAUGCUAAAACAGUUAAACAAUCAGCACACAACAACUCUGAGACAGUGGAGAGCUGCCAAACUUUACCUUAUCUGUGAACAAGGCCCUUGGGCUGAAAGGAAACCACAUCUCAUUCAUUGGAAAGUUUCAAAUGUCGAAAACUAUUCACGAAUGAGGCUAAAAUUAGUGCAAAAUUACAAUUUCAACUCUCACCAGGAGGCCAGUGCCCUGAGGGAUAAUCUAGGAGUGUUACAGAUGCCACCAUCAAGGGAAGCUUUGCUUCUGGAGGCAGUGAAGCAAGUAAAAGUCAGUGAUAUGGAAGAUGAUAUACUUGAACUGCCAGAUGAAGAUCCAACAUCCAAUACAAAUAUGGGUGAAAAGGAAGAGCAGGGUCAAAAAGAAAAACUUGUGCUCUCAGAAGACUGCGAACUUAUUACAAUAAUGAAUAUAAUACCUGGCAGACUGGAGGUCACGACAUAUCACAUUUACUUCUAUGACGGCAGCAUUGAAAAAGAAGAAGGUAUAGGUUUUGAUUUUAAAUGGCCUCUUUCUCAAAUUCGAGAGAUUCACUUACGCCGUUAUAAUUUGAGGAGGUCGGCUUUGGAGAUCUUCUUUAUUGACCAGACUAAUUACUUCCUUAACUUUAAAAAGGAGACAAGAAACAGAGUAUAUAGCCGAAUUCUGUCUCUCUGUUCUCAAAAUAUUAGUGGGACCAGAUCUCCCCAAGAAUUAUUCAAAGCUUCUGGAUUAACUCAGAAAUGGGUGAACAGAGAAAUAUCCAAUUUUGAUUACCUCAUUCAGUUAAAUACUAUGGCAGGACGGACCUACAAUGAUCUUGCACAAUAUCCUGUUUUUCCAUGGAUCCUGCAGGAUUAUACUUCAGAAGAAUUGGAUUUGAAUAAUCCUGCAGUGUUUCGGGAUUUGUCUAAACCUAUUGGUGCAGUGAAUGAAAAGAAUGUGAGGGCUGUAAAGGAAAGAUAUGAUAACUUUGAAGACCCCCUUGGAAUUAUUGACAAGUUUCACUAUGGGACUCACUACUCCAAUGCAGCUGGAGUCAUACAUUACCUCAUUCGGGUUGAACCUUUUACCACUUUGCAUAUCCAGCUUCAGAGUGGGAGAUUUGACUGCGCCGAUCGACAGUUCCACUCCAUUCCUGCUACUUGGCAAGCUCUCAUGGAGAAUCCAAAUGAUGUGAAUGAGCUAAUUCCAGAAUUUUUCUACUUCCCAGAGUUUUUAGAGAAUCAAAAUCAUUUCAAUUUUGGUCGGCUCCAGAUUUCAAAAGAAGAGGUAAAUGAUGUUAUCCUACCAAAAUGGGCACAUUCUCCAGAAGACUUCAUUUUCAAACAUAGGAAAGCAUUGGAAUCAGAGUAUGUCUCUGCUCAUCUCCAUGAAUGGAUAGAUCUGAUUUUUGGUUAUAAACAAAGGGGGCCAGCUGCAGUGGAAGCUCUGAAUGUCUUCUACUACUGUACCUAUGAAGGAGCUGUAGACCUGGAUGCCUUAACUGAUGAGAAAGAAAGAAAAGCCUUAGAAGGGAUGAUUAACAACUUUGGACAAACACCUUGCCAGCUAUUGAAGGAGCCCCACCCAGCAAGAUUAUCUGUGGAGGAAGUGUUGCAGAAGCAGACCAAAAAUGAAAACUCCACCCUCAAUCUGUUCCAGCAUCUCCCUGAACUAAAAUCCUUCUUCAUUGAGGGAAUCAGUGAUGGAAUCCCUAUUGUUAAGGCCAUUGUUCCCAGGAACCAGUACCGAUCUUUCAUGUCACAGGGAAGUCCAGAACUUUUGGUAACAGUAAAUCUCAACUUUAUUAUUGGGACUCAUGGAUGGCUAUCUUAUGACCGAAAUAUUUCCAAUUAUUUCACUUUCCUUAAGGAUCAAACAGUGACAAAUCCCAAAACACAACGGAACAUCAGUGGUCCUUUUGCACCAGGAUUGGAAAUUACCUCAAAGUUAUUUGUGAUGUCCCAUGAUGCAAAGUUGCUUUUCAGUGGAGGGCAUUGGGACAAUAGCAUUCGUGUAACAUCUCUCACCAAGGGGAAAGUGAUGGCCCAGCUUAUUCGGCAUAUGGACAUUGUGACAUGCUUAGCAAUGGAUUUCUGUGGGAUCCAUUUAAUUUCAGGCUCAAGAGACACCACUUGCAUGGUAUGGCAAAUAGUUCAACAGGGAGGAGUGCCAAUAGGUCUGGCUCCUAAACCUUUGCAGAUUCUCUAUGGACAUACCAAUGAAGUGUCUUCAGUUGGCAUCAGUACAGAACUGGACAUGGCAGUCUCAGGUGCCAGGGAUGGAACUGUGAUUGUGCACACCAUUCGGAAGGGCCAAUAUAUGAGGACUCUGAGGCCACCCUGUGAGAGUUCUCUCUUGAUCACUGUUCCUAAUCUGGCUGUAUCUUGGGAAGGACACUUAAUCGUUCAUACCAGCAUAGAAGGAAAGACAACUCUCAAGGAUAAGAAUGCAUUGCAUCUCUACUCUGUGAAUGGGAAGUAUUUGGGCUCUGAGAGCCUGAAGGAAGAAGUGUCGGAUCUUUGUGUGACUGGAGAAUAUAUUGUAAUAGGGAGUCUACAGGGAUUUCUCUCCAUAAGAGAUCUCUACAGCCUGAGCCUUAGCUCCUCCCCUUUAGCCAUGCGGCUGCCAAUUCACUGUGUCUCUGUUACCAAAGAGUUCAGCCACAUUCUGGUGGGUCUUGAUGAUGGCAAGUUGAUUAUCAUUGGCGUUGGAAAGCCAGCAGAGAUGCGUGCUGGUCAACUCUCCCGAAAAUUGUGGGGUUCAAGCAAACGGAUCAGUCAGAUUUCAUCUGGAGAAACUGAAUAUAAUACUCAAGAUUCCAUGUGAUAUCUGCUCCUAUCAUCUCUCGAUAUUCAUACAUUUAUUUAAUCUUCCAAUCAUACCUCCCAACUUUCUCAGUUAUGUUGCAACUACAGCACAAUUUCCACAGGCACAUACGCAUAUUAAUAUACAACAUCUAUUGUUUUGUUGUGCUAAGUAAAAGCAAUAAGCUAAUUCAGUCCUUUUAAACACAUUGCAAGAUAGAUUAGGUAGAUGAUAGAGAUAGAUAGAUAGAUAGAUAGAUAGAUAGAUAGAUAGAUAGAUAGAUAGAUAGAUAGAUAGAUAGAUAGAUAGAUAGAUAGAUAAUUAUAAGUAUGGAUGUAUAUAUGUGUGUGUUUUAAACUGAAUGUUGAAAAUUUAAUUGACAUAUGAGAAAGCCAACAAACUGGAGUAAAUUUAAUGACUAUCAGCAAUGUAAAGUAUUUUGAUAGUCACUAAAUUUGCCUGUAAUUACUGACAGUUGAACACGAAUGUCAAAAUCAGUAAAAUGUGGAUAACUUUACACAUUUAACUUGCUGCUGUUUUGGCAUAAUGGAACUCACAGUUUGUGUUCAAAGUGGCCUUGGCCACUGGAGAGGUAGUAGCUGUCAUGCCAAAAAAGAAUUAAAGACCUAGUUUUUAAGCCUUCCUUGACAAAAGGAGUCUUCUGGAUCUUGGUCAAUGUCUCUAAAUUAUUUAACUAUGUA